GAUUUUCUCUUUACGCCCUUUCUCUCUCUACGAAGUACGAACGCUAGGGUUUCGUCGUCUUCAACAAGAGAGAGAGAGAGAGGAAUUAGGGUUUGUCGAUCGAGAGAUCUCGAGAUCAGGCAACAAUGGCGAUCUACCAGAUGCUCGUCAGGUUCCUCGAUGGCACGACCCAGUGCCUUCAAUUCCCCUCCCCCACAAUCUCCGGCGAAGCCCUAAAGCGCGACCUCGUCGCGCGAAGCGGAGUCCCCCUCGGGUCCCUACGCGUCGUGACAGGAUCCCGCGAGAUCGGCGACGGAACCCUAAUCUCCGCCUCGGGGGACGAUGGCCUCUUCCCCUCCUGCGCCCUCCUCCUCCGCCUCCGCGGCGGCAAGGGCGGGUUCGGCUCCCUCCUCCGCGGCGCCGCCACCAAGGCGGGGCAGAAGAAGACGAGCAACUUCGACGCGUGCCGCGACAUGAGCGGGCGCCGCCUCCGCCAUGUGAAUGCCGAGAAGAAGCUCGAGGAGUGGAAGGCGGAGGCGGAGGAGCGGAGGCUGGAGAAGCUCGCGGAGCAGUUCCUGAGGAAGAAGGCCAAGGAGGUGCAGAGGAACUCCUCCACCGCCGUCGACAAGUACCUUGAGAAGUUCCGGGAGGACGCAGAGAAGUGCGUCGAGGAGGUGGAGGAAUCGGUGCGCGAAUCCUUCCAACGAUACAAGGAAUCGAAGCGGAAGCUCUUGCCCGUUUCUGAGCCCUCUCUGAAGCGGUUGAAGAUAUGGAUGGGAAAGCAAAAUGUGGAGGAAAGUGACAGCGACGAAGAUGGUGAUGAUGAUGAAGAAGAUGAUGGUGGUGAUGGUAGGGAUGAGAAGUCUGUAGUUCUUGAUGAGGGGAAUUGCUCAGAUGGGUUAAACAAGGUCGAGGAUGGCUGUUCAGAUCUGGAUUUGGUUUCCGGUUCUCAAUCUGAAGGAGAUUCCUCUGGUGCGGACUCCAAGAAGAGUGCUUUGGAGGUAUUAAAUGGAAAUUGUGGUCAUGAAUCUUCGGAAGAGGCUCAGGAUUCUGGAAGUGGAGACGAUAAGCUGGAAUCAGAUGGCAGUGUUGAAGCUGAGACAGUAGCUCCUGAUGCAGCUGAUGCACAGAAUCGUGCCGUUUCUCUUUCCCAAGAAGUGCCGGAAGAAAAUAAUUCAAAUCCGGAGAUGGAAAAUGUUGUCCAACCUGAAUUGCUCCAAAAGGAACUUGAGGUAGAUGGUGGAACGGAGACAGUUGAGGAGGGCACUGGUUCUCCCAGUUUGGAGGAGCCGUUGAACCUCAGUACGUAUAAUUCAGCUGCAGAAUUGGAGGCUUUUGGCAUGGAGAGGCUGAAAACAGAGCUUCAAACUCGCGGAUUGAAAUGCGGAGGAACCUUGCAAGAGCGUGCCUCCAGGCUUUUCCUGCUUAAAACAACUCCUAUUGAGAAACUACCGAAGAAGGUGCUUGCAAGGCCAGUGACCGGAGGGAAAUAGGAGUAGGGCCCCAAAAAGUUGUUGCCCUCGAACUCGGGGAUUUAUGUGUUCUAUGUUUCAAAAAACCCUAUAUUGUAAGUUUGUAAGAAUCGUUCGGAACGAACUUGAUGUAAUCUUUUUGUGUAAGUGACAAACCUGAAUGUUCAGUUUUCAAGCA